UAAUCUUCUAAAUGCACCUAAACAGCAUUGGCCCACGUACGAGGCCUCUCUGGGCUGACGUUGCUAAGACAUCCGAUGCCACUCGGUCCCUACAAAUGCGUCUGCAACCGAAUUCUUCAGGUCACGUUGCAUUUUCGAUCUUAAUUACGCGAAGUUGCCCAACGUGUGCAGCUCCUCUUUGGUGCUGAUAUCUCAGAACUCGAGGCACCUAGGACCCGCCCACUGUCAAUAUUUGUCGCAAUGCUGCGACGCCACCUCCUUCCAUUGCUACUUUUCUUGGCCGGAAUAAGUGGAGGCAACGGUGCGGCUCAGCCGCUCAGGUUUCUUUAUCCUGAUAGAGACGAUUUAGAGUUUCUUCCAGGGGACGUCAUCAACUUGAGCUACGAGACCAACUUCACCGAGCCGUAUCUCAUCACGUGGUGUAGGCCAGGCAAUGUUUCCCGAUUAGAGGACACCAUAAGGGUCCCUGCGGGUAACGAUUCGUUUCCAGUGACACUAAGCUCUGCCGAAUACGGUGAUACGCGGUGCUGGUUCGACAUCGAAGAAUCUGAGGAUAGACAGGGGUUAAAUAAAAACUCGCCAGCUUUUAAUUACGUUAACGAUACACGUAGUUCAGGACCGAGAACUUUCGGCCUUUCAUCCACGACCCAACCCGAGACAGCCCUUUCGACACCGCCGCCGGGCUCAACUGCCGCAUCAACUACGACUACCCUUCCAACCGACUCGCCAGAGCCUUCUGGUCUUUCCACCGGAGCAGUGGCGGGCAUCGGAAUUGGAGCAGCCGUUGCUGGUGUCGUACUUGUGGCGAUACUCGCAGUGCCUGUAUUAGUGCUGAGGUGGAAGAAAAAGAAACAGAGACAAGGGCAAGAUCUGUCACAGAAAACAGGACGCUACAAGCAUAUGUCUUCCAUUGCGGCAUUGUCGGAUACUCACGAGCUGUCAGCACCCCACAAAGGAUGGAGUGAGACACACCAUAUCGGCCCAACGUUGCGACCACAAGAGAUGGAUGCGGAACAAACGCAACGGUACGAAGUAGAAUAGAGAACAACGAGUCAGUCUUGAACGAUACCCGAUUUGAGGCUAGCAUCCACGUCAACUUGAAAUCCCCCUGCAACGCCACCACUACUCCAGCAUCCGCCCGAAGGCUGGUCUGACACUACAAGCCACCCGACUUUGUGGCAGCAAAGCUGUAAGAGACGGCAUGCAGUGACCAUCGUUUGACUGACUAGUGUGGCUUCUGAUCAAUUUACCUGAUCUGUAAUGCGGUUAAGACACUCUUCAGUCAUGAGCCGACAUGCCUGAAUGCAAGCCAGUGCCCUUAUCAGGUUUCGCCCCCGCAGAGCCCCAGACAGAUCUCUCCCGAAGCCACUCCAUCCUGCCUGUGCUAUCGAUUUUGGCAAACAUUGAGUUCUCAACCUCAACAUCAGCUCCAUCCACCUUGAUCUUUCCAGUCAUGAAAGCUGCCAGCUUGUCUCUAUCGCGGAGGAACUCGUGCCUGUGGGGUGAGUGGCGUGUCAGCAUCGAGAGCAGCUUGGACAUAUCAAUGGUGAAGGUCAGGAAUG